UAUAUAUGACCGAAAACUCAUUACAUGGUUCUUGGUGGUGUCAAUUAAUGAGUGACUUCACAAUCUAAGGCACAUGUUUUAGCCACACAAAAAACUCCACAAAGCAUAUCUAUUGAAACAAAAAUGGAGUAGUUUGUUUUGGCAGGCCCCCAUGAGCAGAAAAAACAGUCAAGUGUUGCUCAGCUAUGGCUUCACUCUCAUGGAUCCACCAUGGUCAACGGACCUCCUUUUCAUUUCAUCCUCUAUUUGAUCUGAACAGAUGUACUUUAUUUAGAAUUAAUAAGAAGCAGCAUGUGAAUCUACAGAUUGUAAGAUAUUCUUCAGAGAGAGAAGCAGGAGAAGGGUCAUUUGUGAAAUCUUUGGAUGUUUUAUAUCCUCAGGUUCCUUGCAGAAUUUGUAAAGAAUGGAUUUCAGGCAGAGGCAAGUUUGCCUGUGAUAAAUGUGAUGGGAAGGGAAGCCUGGGAAGAGGAGGCUAUCAAAAAAAGAAUCCUGUUAAUCUUGAUCGGAUUGUUGGUUCCAAAUGGACAGCCAGAGAAACUACCUUUGGAUGGAGACAUUUCAUUGUAUACUCAAAACAGAGAGGAUCAGCCAAAGACUGGUUCUUGGAGAUGGUGGCAACCUGUGAUAAAGACACCCACUUCUGGAUCAAUUCCAAAAACCUUAAGUCAUCCUUGCAUGAUAUUGGUGGCCCAAAAUUUGUGUGGCAGGACAGAGAGAGAUGGAGCAUGGGUUGGCUGCAGAGAGAGGAAUUGGUGAAUGGCAGCAGAAAAUCAAAAGAUGCUUCUUUGUGCAAAGCUUGCAGAGGAGAAGGCAUGUUAAUUUGCACAGCUUGUGAUAUCCAGAAUGGUUCAAAAAUUGACAGAGUUGAUAUUAUUGAGGUGUGACUGUAUUAGAAUCUAAUUUUCUUCAAUGUUUUUCUGAGUUUGGCAUGGUUGAGGGAUUUGUGAAGAAUGUACAAUAGAAUGGUGAUCUUUGGAUAGGGGUUUUGUUGGAUUCAAGAUCUUUUGCAUCAAAUUUCUCUAACUGUAAAAAGUGUUUUAAGAACAUGUGAACCUCCAAUAAGGCAAUUGUUGCCUGGAAGGAUGUGUGUUAAUUUUAUUUCAGGAGGUGCUUAGAAAAAUUGGGAGCCUUUUGAGAAA